AUGCCCAGAGCAUCAGUUUGUGGUGCGGGGGAUAGUGCAGCCUACCAAAGGACUUCUGUUUAUGGGGAUGAUGUAGUCAUAGUAGCUGCUUAUCGAACGCCAAUUUGCAAGUCGAAGAGGGGUGGUUUCAAGGAUACUUAUCCAGAUGAUUUACUCACCCCUGUUCUAAAGGCAGUUGCUGACGUGGCUGCAGCUAUCAAAGCUGGCUUUUAUGAUAUUGGCAUUGGUGCUGGUUUGGAGUCCAUGACAACAAAUCCAAUGGCAUGGGAAGGAUCAGUUAAUCCUAGAGUCAAGACAAUGGCGCAAGCCCAAGAUUGCCUACUUCCAAUGGGCAUUACUUCAGAAAAUGUUGCACAUCGUUUUGGUGUAACAAGGCAGGAGCAAGACCAGGCUGCAGUCGAGUCACACAGAAAAGCUGCCGCUGCAACUGCUACUGGUAAAUUUAAGGAGGAAAUAAUCCCUGUGGCUACCAAGAUUGUAGAUCCUAAAACUGGAGAUGAGAAACCUGUUACCAUAUCUAUUGAUGAUGGAAUUCGGCCAAAUGCAUCAUUGUCAGAUCUGGCAAAACUGAAGCCUGUAUUUAAGAAAGAUGGGACUACUACUGCUGGGAAUUCUAGUCAAGUGAGUGAUGGUGCUGGAGCAGUGCUCCUGAUGAGGCGAAGUGUUGCAAUGCAAAAAGGAUUACCGAUUCUUGGACAAGCCUCAAGGAGUUGCUGCUCAUGCUUUAUGGAAGUCAUUACUAAUGCUUUUGCAUCCCAAUUUGUGUACUGUCGUAAACAACUGGAUCUUGACCCAGAAAAGAUCAAUGUUAAUGGAGGUGCUAUGGCUUUCGGGCAUCCUUUGGGUGCAACAGGAGCACGCUGUGUUGCCACAUUACUGCAUGAAAUGAAGCGCCAAGGUAAAGACUGCCGCUUUGGCAUUGUGUCUAUGUGCAUAGGCACGGGAAUGGGGGCUGCUGCAGUAUUUGAAAGAGGUGACUGUGUUGAUGAACUCAGCAGUGCACGCAAGAUUGAGACCAAUAAUCUUCUCUCCAAAGAUGCUAAAUGA